AACAAGAGAGGAACGAACAGAGAGACACACACAAACUCUGAGAGAGAGAGAGAGAGAGAGAGAGAUUUUCUCACAGAGAGAUUCAUCUUGGAGCUUUCAAUUCUCGCUGUUUAUCGAUCUGUCUUCGUCAAGUCUCUCUUUUUCACACGUUGUUUCGCUUCGCCAGCUAGAUUUUUCGCGCCGAUCUAUUCACUCAGCUCGUCAAAAUUUUCUGGGGUUUUCAAUUGGAGCGAGGAUUCGACAGAGGAAGACAGUUGAAGCGAAUUGCAGUAUGAGCAUCGAGAGCCCCGGAGAAGGGGACAAUUAGGGUUUUGGGAUUCGGAGAAGAGGGUUGGGAUUUCCAUGGGCGAUGGAGGCGUCGCAUGCAUGCCUUUGCAGCAUAAUAUCAUGGACAGGUUUCCAAUUCAGGACAAGACUACGAUUUGCGGAGGCAAGACUGCUAACAAUGGCUUCAAUUCCAAGCCGGUUAAGAAGAAGAAGAUAGUGAAGGUAAUGAAGCCCAAGAAGAAAGUCGUCAAGAAGCCCGGGUUUUCAAAGAACGUAGAAUCUGAAGGAAGCGAAUUGGGAUUGGAUAAAGGUGGUAACAGUGUUUCAAAAGAAGCUGAGAAUGGUGAAAAUGCUGAGGAUAAGAAGGAGGAAGUGGAAGAGGGUGAAUUGGGGACUUUGAAGUGGCCCAAAGUGGAAGUGGAGAAUGGUGAAUUCGUGCCAGAGAAAUCGAGAAGAAUUGAGAUUGAGAAGGGAGAGAUUGUCGGUGAGAAAUGGAGGAGAAGUGAGGUGGAGAAAGGAGAUUCCUUUUCUGGGAAAUGGCGAAGAGGGGACAUAGAGAAAGGAGAGAUAGUUCCAGAGAGGACCAGAAAAGGGGAAACUGAAUUCGGGUCGUGGAGACCACCCAAGGAUGAAAUUGAGAAAGGUGAGUUCAUUCCAGAUAGAUGGCAGAAAGGGGAAGUGGCCAGAGAUGACUACGGUCACAGUAAAAUGCGUAGGUAUGAUAUGGGUAAGGAUAAAGGCUGGAAAUUUGAGCGUGAGAGGACGCCACCUUCUGGGAAGUAUUCAAACGAUGAUGCUUUUAGAAGGAAAGAAUUUAAUAGAAGUGGAAGUCAGCAGAGCAAGAGUACUGCCAGGUGGGAGACUGGUUCAGAGAGGAAUAUAAGGAUCAGUUCAAAAAUUGUUGACGAGGACGGGGUGUACAAAAAUGAGUACAGCAAUGGUAAGUACUACCCAAGGGAGUACCCUCCUGUUAAUCGGUUAAAAAGGUAUGGUACCGAUUCAAGUAUCAGUGAGCGCAAGCACUAUGGAGACUAUGGGGAUUAUCCAGGUGCAAAAAGUCGCAGGCUUUCUGAUGACACCAAUCGCUCCGCCCACCCUGAGCAUUAUUCACGCCGUUCUGUGGAGAGGUCUUAUCGGAAUCCUUCUUCGUCAAGAGUUGCAGCAGACAAAUACCCCUCCAGGCAUUAUGAAUCUACUUUGUCUUCCAGAGUGGUUUAUGACAGGCAUGGGAGAAGUCCAGGUCAUUCUGAGCGGUCCCCACGUGACCGGGUCCGGUAUUAUGAUCACCGGGAUAGGAGUCCAAUGCGCCGGGAAAGAUCUCCAUAUGUCCAUGAGAGGUCCCCAUAUGGUCGUGAGAAAUCACCAUAUGGUCGUGAGAGAUCACCAUAUGGACGUGAGAGAUCACCAUAUGGUCGUGAGAGAUCUCCACUUGGUCAGGAAAGAUCUCCAUAUGAUAGGAGUCGUCAGUAUGAUCAUAGAAACCGCAGUCUGUCUCCACAAGAUCGACCUCGAUUGCAUGACCGCAGGGAUCACUCUCCAAACUAUUUGGAGCGGUCCCCACAUGAUCGGAGUAGGCCUAAUAAUCAUCGGGAGACAAGUCGGAAAAGUGGAGCAACUGAAAGGCGGAGCUCCCAUUAUGGUAAGAGAGGGCAAGAAGAUAAGCUGGUGCAGAAGGAUCCCAGUGGAAAAGACUCAUAUUCGUCCACUAAAGAAUCUCAAGAUAGAAGCACUGUGCCUGACAUUAAUGGAUCUGUGGAGACAAAUGCGAACUGUGAAUCUCACAAAGAAGAGCCGUCUCAAAUUCCAAGUGUAAAUUGCAAAGAAACUUCUCAAAUCAGUGUAGCCCCUCCUGAAGAGCUGCCUUCUAUGGAAGAAGAUAUGGAUAUAUGUGACACGCCACCACAUGUCCCAGUGGUUACUGAUUCAUCCACAGGGAAAUGGUUUUACCUCGAUUAUUAUGGUGUGGAACGUGGGCCUUCAAAGUUAUGUGAACUUAAAACACUUGUUGAAGAAGGAGCUCUGAUGUCUGAUCACAUGGUCAAGCACUCGGAUAGUGAUAGGUGGGUAACUGUUGAAAAUGCAGUUUCACCACUGGUAACUGUAAAUUUCCCAUCCAUUGUAUCAGACUCUAUAACUCGACUAGUAAGCCCUCCAGAAGCUUCUGGUAAUCUAUUGGCGGAUACUGGAGAUACUGGGCAAUAUGAUACUCAGAGUGGAAAGGAGGCAGCAAUCACUUUGCUGCCGCCAGGAUUCUGUGCAGAUGUUGGUAUAACUGCUUCUGAGCCUUUAAAAGAUCUCCACAUUGAAGAAAGGGUUGGAGCUCUGAUGGAGGGUUUAACAGUUAUUCCUGGCAGGGAGCUUGAAGCUGUUGGAGAGGUUUUGCAAAUGUCAUUUGAACAUGCACAACGAGAGGGAUGGGGAAACACAGAAGGCUUCACUCAAGGUCAUGAUGGUGAACAGUAUGAUCAGAAAACGGAGGAACCAGGAUAUUCUGACAUUAAAAUAAAAGAAGCUGCAGAAAUCAGGUUGACUGCACCCUCUGACAAGGACACUGGUUUUUCUUGUGGUGAUUCUGGUGACUGGUUCUCUGGUCGAUGGUCAUGCAAGGGUGGUGAUUGGAAGAGGAAUGAUGAAGCUUCACAAGAGAGGUCUUCUAGGAAGAAACUUGUUGUCAAUGAUGGUUUCCCAUUAUGCCAGAUGCCAAAGUCUGGGUAUGAAGAUCCUCGAUGGCAUCGAAAAGAUGAAUUGUAUUAUCCUUCACAGAGCAGAAGGCUUGAUCUACCUAGUUGGGCUUUUUCAUGUCCAGAUGAGAUGAGUGAUUGUAGUGGUGUGGGCAGAACGACUCAAAUUAAGACUACUGUCAUAAAAGGAGUAAAAGGAACUAUGCUUCCAGUAGUCAGGAUAAAUGCUUGUGUUGUUAAAGACCAUGGUUCAUUUGUUUCUGAGCCUCGCAUGAAAGUUCGGGGAAUGGAGAGGUAUACGUCAAGGUCUGCUCGGUCAUAUUCUGCCGGCAGUGAUGGGAAGAGAUCAUCGGGAGAAGGUGAUUCUCAGUUGAAACCAGUUAGCGACCGAGGUUCACAAGGCUCUUCGAAAUGCAUUACCUCCAUUAACAUCAACAAAGACCGUGUUUGCACAGUUGAUGACUUGCAGUUGCAUUUGGGUGACUGGUACUACCUUGAUGGUGCUGGGCAUGAACGAGGACCUUCAUCAUUUUCUGAGCUACAGGUCUUGGUUGAUCAAGGAGUGAUCCUAAAUCAUAGCAGUGUUUUCCGGAAAUUUGAUAAAGUCUGGGUUCCAGUUAGUUCUGCCGCAGAGACUUCUGAAGCUACUGAUAUGAAUCAGCAGGAGAAGAACAUAAUAUCUAGCGAUACUUCAGGGCUAGCUCCUUCACAAUCUCAAAGUGCUGUAUUUGACGAAUUAAACACAAAGUUGAGUUGGUUCCACAACCUGCACCCUCAGUUCAUUGGCUAUACCUGUGGAAAGCUUCAUGAAUUGGUGAUGAAAUCUUACAAAAGCCGGGAGUUCGCUGCCGCCAUAAAUGAUGUUUUAGACCCAUGGCUUAAUGCAAAGCAGCCCAAAAAAGAGUUGGAGAAGCACAUGUAUUGGAAAGCAGAUGGUGAUGCACGUAUUGCCAAAAGAGCCAGGUUGCUGGUUGAUGAAAGUGAAGAAGAAUAUGACCUGGGAGAGGACUUGCAAACAGUAGCAAAGGAUGAAUCUACAUUUGAGGAUUUAUGUGGUGAUACUUCUUUCAACAAAGAAGAGAGUGUGAGUUAUGGCUCAGAGAUGGGAAGCUGGGGUUUAUUGGAUGGGCAAGUGCUGGCACGAGUCUUCCAUUUCUUGAGACUAGACAUGAAAUCUCUUGCCUUUGCUUCUUUAACCUGUAAGCACUGGAGAGCUGCCAUCAGGUUUUACAAGGAUAUUUCCAGACAGGUUGACAUGUCAUCCUUGGGCCCUAGCUGCACUGAUUCCAUGAUUGUGAACAUUAUGAGUGGUUAUGGAAAAGAAAAGAUUAAUUCUAUGGUUCUAAUUGGUUGCACCAACAUCACUCCCCACACACUUGAAGAGAUUCUUGGUGCACUUCCUUGUUUAUCUACCGUAGAUAUCAGAGGUUGCAACCAGUUUGGUGAGUUGGUUAGUAAAUUUCAGAAUCUAAACUGGAUCAAGACCCGAAGUUCACAUGGUACAAAGAUAUUUGAGGAAUCCCAUUCGAAACUAAGGAGUCUGAAACACAUCACUGAGAAAUCUUCAUCUGUUUCCAAAAGUAAGGUUCUAGGUAAUGAUAUGGAUGAUUUUAGUGAACUGAAAGAGUACUUUGAUAGUGUGGAUAAGAGGGAGACAGCAAAUCAAUCAUUCCGGGGAAGUUUAUACAAACGCUCAAAACUGUUUGAUGCUAGACGGUCCUCAUCCAUUCUGUCUAGGGAUGCUCGCAUGAGGCGAUUAUCCAUUAAGAAAUCUGAACAUGGUUACAAGAAGAUGGAGGAAUUUGUUGCUUCAAGUCUGAAGGAUAUUAUGAAAGAGAAUACCUUUGAUUUUUUUGUCCCCAAGGUUGCAGAAAUUCAGGAUAGAAUGAGAAAUGGUCAUUACAUUCGCCGAGGAUUGAGUUCUGUCAAGGAAGAUAUCAGUCGAAUGUGCAGGGAUGCAAUAAAAGCAAAGAAUCGGGGUGAUGCUGGAGACAUGAAUCACGUUAUAACAUUAUUCAUUCAACUUGCCACUCGUUUAGAAGGUGCUUCUAAAUCUUCUCAUGAAAGAGAUGAGUUGAUCAAGUCAUGGGAAGAUGAUAGGUUUUCAGGGUUCUCUUCUGCCUCCAAGUAUAAAAAGAAGAUGAAUAAAGUAGCAACUGAAAAGAAGUAUUCGAAUAGGAGUAAUGGUACUUCCUUUUUGAAUGGUGGUCUGGAUUAUGGAGAAUAUGCAUCUGAUCGAGAAAUCAGAAGGCGUUUAUCCAGAUUGAAUAAAAAAUCUAUGGAUUCAGAAAGUGAAACCUCUGAUGAUCUUGACAGCUCUUCUGGAGGUAGCAAGAGCAAUAGUGAGAGUACUGCCUCAGAUACAGAAAGUGACUUGGAAUUGAGGUCACAAAGUCAAACUGGGCAGUCAAGAGCAGAUGGAAGCUUUACAUCUGAUGAGGGUUUCGAUUCUAUGACUGAUGAUCGUGAGUGGGGUGCUCGCAUGACAAAAUCAAGCUUGGUUCCUCCUGUUACGAGGAAAUAUGAAGUCAUUGAGGAAUAUGUUAUUGUAUCCAAUGAGGAGGAUGUGAGGCGGAAAAUGCAGGUUUCUUUACCAGAUGACUAUGUUGAGAAGUUUGAUUCUCAGAAGAAUGGAAUUGAGGAGGCUGAUAUGGAGCUCCCUGAAGUAAAGGAUUACAAGCCAAGGAAAAUGCUUGGAGAUGAAGUUAUAGAGCAAGAAGUUUACGGAAUUGAUCCCUAUAGUCACAACCUUUUACUGGAUUCCAUGCCAGAGGAGUUGGAUUGGCCUCUUUCGGAGAAGCAUUUGUUUAUUGAAGAUGUGCUCCUCUGCACAUUGAAUAAGCAAGUUAGGCAGUACACUGGGAGUGGAAAUACGCCUAUGAUAUAUCCUCUGCGCCCUGUUGUUGAAGAAAUCCUUAAUGCUGCUGAGGAGAAUGGUGAUGCGCGAACUAUGAAAAUGUGUCAAGGUAUAUUGAAAGCCAUAGACAGUCGACGUGAUGACAAAUAUGUUGCUUAUAGAAAGGGGCUUGGUGUCGUUUGUAACAAAGAAGGUGGUUUUGGAGAAGAAGAUUUUGUUGUGGAAUUUUUGGGGGAGGUUUAUCCUGUUUGGAAGUGGUUCGAGAAGCAAGACGGGAUUCGAUCUUUGCAGAAAAAUAAUAAAGAUCCAGCUCCUGAAUUUUACAACAUUUAUCUUGAGAGGCCCAAGGGUGACGCCGAUGGGUAUGAUUUAGUUGUUGUGGAUGCUAUGCAUAAAGCAAACUACGCAAGUAGAAUUUGUCACUCAUGCCGACCUAAUUGUGAAGCAAAAGUUACUGCUGUAGAUGGUCGUUACCAGAUUGGAAUCUACACUGUACGAGGAAUUCAAUAUGGGGAGGAGAUCACAUUCGACUACAAUUCUGUUACAGAGAGUAAGGAAGAAUACGAAGCAUCAGUUUGUUUGUGUGGCAGCCAAGUUUGCCGGGGAAGCUACUUGAAUUUGACAGGCGAAGGAGCUUUUCAAAAGGUGCUGAAGGACUGGCAUGGAAUUCUUGAUCGUCAUCAGUUAAUGUUGGAAGCUUGCGAGUCCAAUUCAGUAUCUGAGGAGGAUUAUCUUGACUUGGGAAGGGCUGGUUUAGGCAGUUGUUUGCUGGGUGGGUUGCCAGAUUGGGUGAUUGCAUAUUCGGCUCGCUUGGUGAGGUUUAUAAAUUUUGAAAGAACAAAGCUUCCUGAGGAGAUUUUAAAGCAUAAUUUGGAAGAAAAAAGGAAGUAUUUUUCAGAUAUUUGUCUUGAGGUUGAGAAGAGUGAUGCUGAGGUUCAGGCUGAGGGUGUGUACAACCAAAGGCUUCAGAAUUUGGCUGUUACUCUUGAUAAGGUGAGAUAUGUUAUGCGAUGCGUUUUUGGCAACCCAAAGAAUGCUCCACCUCCACUGGAGAGGUUGAGUCCUGAAGCAGCUGUUUCCUUUCUAUGGAAGGGAGAAGGAUCACUUGUUCAAGAGCUUCUUCAGAGCAUGGCUCCUCAUGUGGAGGAGCACUUGCUUAAUGAUCUCAAAACCAAAAUGCUUGCUCAUGAUCCAUUAAGUUCAGAUGACAUAUGGAAUGAACUUAAAAAAUCUUUACUUUGGUUGAGAGAUGAGGUGCGGAAUCUUCCCUGUACAUACAAGUCUCGGCACGAUGCUGCUGCUGACUUGAUCCAUAUUUAUGCUUACACACGGUGCUUCAUUAGAAUACGGGAAUACAAAACAGUAACUUCGCCACCAGUAUACAUUAGUCCACUUGACCUAGGCCCCAAGUACACUGAUAAACUGGGAUCGAGUUUUCAAGAGUAUUGCAAGACGUAUGGGGAGAAUUAUUGUUUAGGGCAGCUGAUUUUUUGGUAUAACCAGACAAGUGCAGAGCCAGAUUGUAGCCUGGCUAGAGCAAGUAGGGGCUGCUUGUCAUUACCUGACUUCGGGUCCUUUUAUGCCAAGGUUCAGAAACCUUCACGGCAGCGUGUUUAUGGCCCAAGGACUGUGAAAUUUAUGCUUACGAGUAUGGAGAAGCAGCCCCAGAAAUCUUGGCCCAAGGAUCGAAUAUGGUGUUUCAAUAGUUCUCCGAAAGUUUUUGGCAGUCCGAUGCUAGAUGCCGUUGUGAAUAAUUCUCAGUUGGACAGGGAAAUGGUGCACUGGUUAAAGCACAGACCUGCGAUAUAUCAGGCUAUGUGGGAUCGGUGAAGCAAGCUUUGGCAAGCGUCAGGAACCAGCAGUGGGAUUAGUGGCUAACUCUUGUUAAUUGUUUCGGAAUGAUUUUUCGAUUUUAUUUUUACAGCUGCCCCUUUUAAUGUGGGGGAGUUGGGUAAUCAUUCCAAAACAUGAUUCCUUCCGCUGCUUUCUCAUUCUUGUGUACAGUUCUUCAUCUUUGUAAUUUGUAAUUCAUUAUGUAGCCAGUAGAACAUUUGUUUUUUUUUUCUCCCUCUUCUAAUUUUAGAAAGAAAUGAAAGGAAAAAAGAGA